AUGAAGAACAAUAAUAAUAAUCUGGUUUUUGCUGUAAAUGGGAACAGAUUUGAGCUCUCUUCUGUUGAUCCUUCUAUUACUUUGCUUCAAUUCUUACGUAACCACACAACUUUCACAAGUCCUAAGCUUAGUUGUGGUGAAGGUGGUUGUGGUGCUUGUACUGUUUUACUCUCCAAGUAUGAUCCAGUGCUUGACAAAGUUGAGGAUUCCACCGUAAGCUCAUGCCUGACACUGCUUUGCAGUGUAAACGGAUGCUCAGUUACCACAAGUGAAGGCCUUGGUAAUACCAGAAAUGGUUUCCAUUCCAUACACCAAAGGUUCGCAGGAUUCCAUGCUUCUCAAUGCGGCUUUUGUACUCCUGGAAUGUGCAUGUCUCUCUUUGGAGCACUUAUUAAUGCUGAAAACUCUAAUCGCCCACAACCCUCGUCCGGAUUUUCCAAGCUCACACUCACUGAAGCUGAAAAUGCUACUUCAGGAAAUCUCUGUCGUUGUACUGGAUAUCGACCUAUUGCUGAUGUUUGCAAGAGUUUUGCAUCAGAUGUCGAUAUGGAGGACCUGGGACUUAAUUCAUUUUGGGAAAAGGGAGACAGCCAGGAAGUGAAGAUGAGUAGGCUACCUGUGUACGACCGUCACCAUUUGAUUUGCACUUUCCCUGAAUUUUUAAAAGGACAAGCUAAAUCUCUUUUGAUUUCGGAUUUGGAAAAGAAACGGUCUUGGUGCCAACCUUGUAGCUUUCAGGAGCUACAUAGCUUAUUGAGAACUGCUGACUGUAACAUGCGGAUGAAACUAGUGGUUGGUAACACGGGUAUGGGUUAUUAUAAGGAAAUGGAAUACUAUGACAAAUACAUCGAUAUCAGGUAUAUUCCCGAGCUCUCAAUGAUUAGAAGGGAUCAUACCGGAAUUGAAAUUGGGGCAGCUGUGACUAUCUCUAAAGUUAUUGAAGCUCUGAGAGAAGCAAAUGAAAGUGAUUUAUUCGUCUCAGCGAGUAAACUCGUGUUUGAAAAAAUUGCAGUCCAUCUGGAGAAAGUCGCAACAAAAUUCAUUAGGAAUACAGCAAGUAUUGGGGGAAAUUUGGUGAUGGCCCAAAGAAAGCAUUUCCCUUCAGAUGUUGCUACACUACUUGUCGCGGCUGGUUCGUUUGUUGACAUAGUUUCUGCUACCGAUCAUGAGAGGCUUACCUUGGAGGAGUUUCAAGAAAGUCCUCCCUUGGAUUAUAAAAAUGUACUCCUGAGUGUUAAAAUCCCAAGUUCUCCUGACAAUGAUACAAAGCUGAUAUUUGAAACCUAUCGAGCUGCACCAAGGCCCCUUGGAAAUGCUUUGCCUUAUUUAAAUGCUGCUUUCCUGGCUCAAGUUUGCUGCUCAAAAUCAUCUGAUGGAGUUUUAUUAAGUAGCUGUCGGCUGGCUUUUGGUGCUUUUGGCACUGGACAUGCAAUAAGGGCCAAGAAAGUGGAGGAAUUUUUAACUGGAAAAUUCUUAACCAUUGGAGUCGUGUAUGAAGCUAUAGAACUAGUCAAGGCUACUGUGGUACCUGAAGAUGGGAUUCAAAAUUCUGCAUACAGAUCAAGCUUGGCUGUUGGUUUUCUUUUCGACUUUCUUGGCCUAAUAACCAGUACCAGUUUCUUGGAUGGAUAUGGUGGUAUUUCAAAGAUUGAGGAUGCUGAAAAUGAUACGAAGGAUCAUUCUAGAUUCCCCACUUUGUUGUCAUCCUGCAAGCAGGUGAUCCAAUUAAAUACAGAGCAUCAUCCAGUUGGAGAGCCGGUUACAAAAUCCGGAGCUUUACUUCAAGCUUCUGGUGAAGCUAUUUUUGUGGAUGACAUUCCCUCCCCCAGAAACUGCCUACAUGGAUCAUUCAUUUAUAGCACCAAGGCUUUGGCAAGGGUAAGGAGUAUGACAUUUAAUUCAGAAUCACUCUCAGAUGGAGUUUCUGCUCUUCUUUCUUACAAAGACAUUCCAAAAGGCGGGGAGAAUGUUUGCUAUACUUCUGUAUGUGGUCCCAAAUCUUUGUUUGCUGAAGAGCUUACUCAGUUUGCAGGAGAGUGUCUUGCUUUUGUGGUUGCAGAUACACAGAAACAUGCAGAUUUAGCAGCUAACCUUGCUGUAGUAGAGUAUGACAUGGAAAAUCUACAACCUCCCAUUUUAACUGUAGAAGAAGCUGCUGACAAGUCUAGCUUUUUUGAGAUUCCGCCUUUUAUGUAUCCCAAACAAGUUGGUGAUGUAUCAAAGGGAAUGGCUGAAGCUGAACACAAAAUUCUCUCUGCUGAGAUAGCGCUAGGGUCACAAUAUUACUUCUACAUGGAGAAUCAGACUGCCCUUGCUGUGCCUGAUGAAGACAACUGCAUGGUUGUUUACAGUUCCACUCAAUUUCCUGAAUUAGCACAAAUUGCCAUCGCAAAAUGUCUUGGUGUUCCUGAAAACAAUGUACGUGUGAUCACAAGAAGGGUUGGAGGAGGUUUUGGCGGAAAGUGCAUAAAAUCUACGCCUGUUGCUACGGCAUGUGCACUUGCAGCAUACAAGUUACAACGCCCUGUUAGGAUAUAUCUCAAUCGCAAAACUGACAUGAUAAUGGCAGGAGGAAGACAUCCUAUGAAAAUAACUUAUAGUGUAGGAUUUAAACCUAAUGGGAAAAUUACGGCCUUGGAGCUCAAGAUUUUAGUAAAUGCUGGCAUAUCUCUACAAAUCAAGCCAAGUAUGGCGCUCACCAUUGUCAGAGCGCUAAAAAAGUACGAUUGGGGUGCUUUAGCUUUUGACAUAAAGUUAUGUAAAACAAAUCUUUCAUUUAAAUCAGCAAUGCGAGCCCCUGGAUAUGUUCAAGGAUCAUAUAUUGCAGAAGCUAUAGUUGAACGUGUAGCAUCUUCUCUUUCAAUGGAUGUAGAUUCUGUGAGAACCAUAAAUCUUCACACUUAUGAAAGCCUUAAAUUAUUCUAUGGUAAUAGUGGAGGAGAGCCUCUAGAAUAUACAUUACCUUCUAUGUGGGAUAAGUUAGCCAUAUCUUCUGAACUGAACCAAAGGAUUGAAACGAUACAAGAAUAUAAUAGGUGUAACGUAUGGACGAAAAGAGGUAUUUCUCGAAUACCUAUCGUGUUUGAGGUAACUGUGAGACCAACUCCAGGAAAAGUAAGCAUCCUAAGUGAUGGUUCUAUUGUUGUUGAAGUUGGAGGAGUAGAGAUAGGCCAAGGGCUCUGGACCAAGGUUAAACAGACUGCUGCAUUUGCUCUAAGUUCAAUCAAAUGUGAUGGAUCAGCAGACCUCUUGGACAAAGUACGAGUCAUACAAUCCGAUACCUUGAGUUUAAUUCAAGGAGGAUUUACUGGUGGGAGCACUACCUCAGAGUCGAGCAGUGAAGCAGUUAGACUUUGCUGUAAAGUCUUGGUUGAUAGACUGACACCUCUAAAAGAAAAGUUGCUGAUGCAUGUGGAUUCUGUAACAUGGGAGACUCUAAUUAAGCAGGCGAAUCAAGAAUCUGUAAACCUAUCUGUAAAUUCUCUCUUUGUUCCGGAGUCUGCUUCGAAUCGCUAUUUAAACUACGGGGGUGCAGUGGGCGAGGUGGAGAUAGACCUUCUAACAGGGCGAACGACAAUUUUGAGAUCAGAUAUUAUAUAUGAUUGUGGACAAAGUCUCAACCCUGCUGUGGAUUUAGGACAGAUUGAAGGGGGCUUUGUUCAAGGUAUUGGGUUCUUCAUGCUUGAAGAAUACACAACAAACUCCGACGGAUUAGUAGAUACCGAAGGUACUUGGACUUACAAAAUCCCGACAAUAGACACCAUACCAAAGCAGUUCAAUGUAGAAAUACUCAGCAGUGGACAUCAUCAAAAACGUAUUCUUUCUUCAAAAGCUUCUGGUGAGCCACCAUUGCUCCUAGCAGCCUCAGUUCACUGUGCUACAAGAGCUGCUAUUAGAGAGGCUCGAAAACAGCUCGAUCCAUGGCGUUGCCAAGAAAGUUCUCUCUCGGCAUUUGAGCUAGAUGUCCCUGCCACUAUGCCUAAAGUGAAAGAGCUUUGUGGGCUGGACAGUGUCGAGAGAUAUUUGCAGUGGAAAAUUGACAGCAAUUGAGUGGUCUUUGAAGGUAAUAUUGGAGACUUGAGUGACUAUUAUAUGCUGUUAAAACAUUUAAAUAAAUUGGAAUGAAAUUGUUGAACGAAUAAUCCGGCUGAGUGGCGUUUUAAGUCGCUUUUUUUUAAACGUUUUGCGCCAAUGCCCAAAUGGUGCAAGACAGACGGUCAACCACGCCGUCCUCAGAAUAAAACAACCACUUUUUCGGAUGG